AUGUACACUAUCACUACCGUCACACAACCAUGUGCAGAUACUAAACAUCCUUUAUUGUUAUUACAAACGGUUCAUGGUGAUCGUUAUAUGUUUGGUAAGAUUGGAGAAGGUGCUCAAAGAGCAAUCACUGAAAAUAAAAUUAGACUAGGUAAAUUAGAAAAUAUUUUCUUAACUGGGAAAUUAGAUUGGUCAAGUACUGGUGGACUUGCGGGAUUGAUUUUAACAAUUGCCGAUCAAGGAAAGGAUAAAAUUGUUUUAAAUUACGGUAAUAAAUUAAUUAACUAUAUUAUCUCAUCUUGGAGAUAUUUUGUCUUUAGAUUUGGUAUUAAUUUACAAUCAAAUGUUUUAUCAUCCAAGGAUAAUAACCAAUUAUAUAAAGAUUCCUUAAUUAAUGUUAAAGCGUUUACCGUGGCUCCAAGAUUAUCAAAUGAACCAUUAUUUAAUAAUACUGAAGAUACGGUAUUAAAUACUAUUGUCGCAAAUAUGUUCCCUAAACAUCCUCCAGCAGCAAAAUAUGAUCCUACAUCUGAUCCUCAUUUGAAUGUAGAAUUACCAAGAAUAAAUUUUGAACAAAGUUCAACAAACUAUGAAAUAAGUUUUAAUCCAAUUAGAGGGAAAUUCCUUGUUCAAGAAGCUAUAAGACUUGGUGUACCAAAGGGUCCUCUUUUUGCCGCUUUAACAAAAGGUUUACCAGUAACUUUAGAAGAUGGUACCAUAGUGUCUCCCGAACAAGUUCUGGAGAAACAAAGAAGGUUCCCUAAUGUUUUAAUACUAGAUAUUCCGGAUGAUUCGUAUAUUCCAUCAUUUAAAGAACAAUUUUCAAAUUAUGAUUCUGAACAUCUUGGUACCAUUUAUUAUUUCCUUGAUGAAUCUAUUACAAUUAACGAUGAAUUAAUUAAAUUUAUGGAAUCAUUUAGCACUUCAAAUAAAAAUAUCAAGCAUAUCGUAUCACAUCCUAAUAUUUCUCUGAAUAAUUUAGCAUUUGUUGGUUCGGCGAUAACAACAUUAAAAUUGAAAGCAUUACAAUUGGAAAAUUACAAUUUACCAAGAACAAACAACUUUUUAUCCAAAGAUUUCUAUGAUUGUUUUGAAAAACCUGUCCCAAGUGGUACUUCUUUAAUUCAAUCACAGGAAGAUACACUUCAAACAGAUUUACCAAAGUCUAAUGUUUAUAUUAUGGAUAAGGAUACAACUGUAACCAUUGACGCAACUCCUGUUGAUGAAUCUACAGAUAAUUAUAAAUGUCAAGUGGAUACAGACGGAAGACACCGGAAUGAUGAUGAUAAAAUUUGGAGAGAGUUAUACAAUACACAUAUUGAACCAUUAAAUUUGCCGACCGUUUCCUAUGAAACAUUAGUAACAAAUCAAAAGAAUCAGAAUAAUUUUAAUAAUUCAAAGGAAAAGGCUGACCAUGUAGAGAUAAUCACAUUUGGUACAGGUAGUGCUUUACCAUCUAAAUACAGGAAUGUUGUGUCAACAUUAGUGAAAGUACCAUAUGUUGAUGAGAACAAUAAAAUUUCCCAAAGAAAUAUUCUUUUUGAUGCUGGUGAAAAUACUAUUGGGCAAAUUAAUAGAAAUUUCUCUGAGAACAAAAAGAAGGAAUUAUUUGAGAACUUAAAGAUGAUUUAUUUGAGUCAUCUUCAUGCUGAUCAUCACUUAGGUAUCAUUAGUAUACUAAAGGAAUGGUACUAUUAUAAUAAAUCUGAUAUAAACGCCAAGGUAUACUUGAUAUCGCCAUGGCAAUAUAAUAAGUUUGUGAAGGAGUGGUUAUUAUUAGAAUCUCCAGAAAUUUUAUUAAGAAUUAAUUACAUUAGUUGCGAGCAUCUUAUCAAUGAGAGAGUUUGCCGUAUGGAGACAAAGCCAAUAAAUGUAGAUGAAUAUGUUGAUUUAAUGAACGAAGAGUGUAGUGAAUCAGAAGCUACAUCUGACGGCGAAUCUGCUGGAGAAUUGAGAUCCUUGAAGAGAAGGAAAUUAGAGUUAAAUAACAUGACAUCGUUUAGAAACAUUAAGAUGAUUCGUUCCAUGUAUGAAGAUUUAAAUAUACAAAGAUUCCAAACAUGCAGAGCUAUUCAUUGUAAUUGGGCUUAUUCAAACUCCAUCACUUUCCAAAUCUCUAAUACGAAAACUUUUAAAGUAUCUUAUUCAGGUGAUACAAGACCAAACAUCGAGCAUUUUGCUAAUGAUGUUGGACAAAAUUCUGACUUAUUAAUUCAUGAAGCUACAUUAGAUAAUGAAUUACAAGAAGAUGCUAUUAAGAAGAGACAUUGUACAAUUAAUGAAGCAAUUGAUGUUUCAAAUAAAAUGAAUGCUCAGAAAUUAUUACUAACGCAUUUCUCUCAACGGUAUCCAAAAGUCCCUAAUAUUAUGAACAAUGUCAAGAUUAAAGCAAAAGAAUAUUGUUUUGCAUUUGAUGGGAUGAUUGUAGAUUAUGAAAAGAUGGGCGAACAAUUAGCUAUCUUACCUAAACUAGGUAACCUAUUUGUUGAAGAAGCUGCAGAAGAACAGGAAGAAGAAAAGACUCAAUUAGCUAUACGUGGGGACAAGAAACAAAACAGAAAAGAAAAGAAAACAGGCAAAAGCAAGAAGAUAGAUAAAUAA